UAAUCUAAUCCGAUAUAAUAUAUUCAUAAAAAAACUGCAGAAAGGAAUUUAAACCUAUCUUCAUUGGAGCUAGAGAUGGAUUAAAUUUUCUCUCCACGCAAGGCAACUGAUAAUCCACGCCGAUAACGUCUCUCAAUUUAUAGAUUAUCAUCCGGAAAACAGUAGCAUCAAUUUUUUUGUUCAGUAUUUUGCUGCAAUGAAGAUUCUGCACAGGAUAUCUUUGCUGCUCUCCAUCGCUCUAAUUUUCGGCCUGUAUUUAUUAUCGAACAGAAAAAUUCCGAAUUCAAAAGCUCAACAAGAUGAGCAUUAUUUACGAGUAUUCGAUUUAACUCCUUUCUUGGACAACCCGCUUGAAUUCGAGGCGAGAUUCGGCGAAAAUGUUGUGUUUUUCAUCGAGUCGUCGAGCAGCGGCCGAUUGGGCGCCAGAGAAGUUUGUUCCGUCGAAGCUCUAACUUUUUUGAGCCCGAACGUGAAAAUUUUUAUAAUCAUCGCCAAUGAUGUGCGGCAAAUCAGCUUAACAAAAAAUCCAGCUCUUACGGAACUUCUGUCUGUGGCCCAAAAUUUAAUCAUCGCCACAGUUAACAGCGUCCAGGUUGUGAAAGGAACUCCACUGGAAGCGAUUUCGACCACGAGAUUUUUGGAAACCGGAUCUCCGGUUGAGCACCUGAGCGACUUCCUGCGUUUGGGCCUUCUUUGGAAACUGGGCGGCGUCUACAUGGACCUGGAUUUGCUCACUUUUAGAAACAUCGACGAAAUUUUAAGUCUGAAAAACUUCCUCGCCGCCGACACCAAAGACAAAAUCAACAGUUGCAUGAUGGGAUUCCAGCGAAACCACCCCUUUCUGAAGAGCAUCAUGGCCAUGGUGGACAAAACCUACGAGCCUUUGGACUACUCGACGGUGCCCAGGACCCUGAACGUGGCCACGGUGACCACUUUCCGCGUGUCCGUGGAGGAGGCGAUCAAGCGAGGACGCAUCGGCGACGUUCACUUUUUAAACUACACCGUCAUCAGCCCCGUCACCUACGACAACCAUCUCAUGCUUUACGACGAAUUGAAAGGCGUUUUGACCGAAUUCAUGACGAAGAACAGUUUCGGCGUGCAUUUGUGGAACAGCCUGGGCAACAUUUUCAAGCUCAAGAAAAACUCUACGGCGCCUUAUGCUGUUAUUGCUAGGAAAUUUUGCCCGCGGUCAUUUGAAAAGGCAGAAGAUCUGUUUUGAAAAAGUUCAAAACUUAUUUAGAACGAUCUUCUCCUUUCCAUGAAGAGUAAAACAGAAUUUAAUAUUUUGUGUCCUCACUAAUUGGCAAAAAGCCACCAAUGAAAAGAAAACUCAAAUUUUGUAAUUUUUUACUUUUUAGAUGAUGUGUUUUGUUGCCUUUUAAAAAUGAUUUAGUCUCAAAGGCGUGAGUGGCUGAUAAAAUUGGCGAACUUUUAAGUUCCGUUUCUUGAAUAUGUUGUAACUUUUGAAUUAUUUGUACUUAAUUUUUAUUACACCAAAUAAUAGAUUUUAGGAACUUUAAAUUCUCUUUUGUUGAUGACUUGUCUUCUGUUCGCAAAAUUACAGUUUCAGUAAUUUUCAUAUUAAUUUAUUGAUUUCAAUUCGCUUCACAAAUACGUCAUUCAUUCGCAUAGCUCAUAAUAUGCAAGAAAGGGAAAUAAUAAUUUAUCUUUUUUUUAACAUAAUCCGCAAAAUUGUUAAAAAGCGUACUCAUCUCUAUGAUUGCCAACUGAUAUUGGGCUUGGCAGACUUGCAACAAGUAAUAAAAAUUUGUGAAAUUGAACAAUGACUUUUAGUUCAUAAAAUUGUAGCUCACCCGCCAAGCUACGAAUUCAGUGCAAAAAUAUUCUUUGUUAUCUUUGUCGAUGACGCGUGUCAAAUCAGCUUGAUAAGAAACAAAAAAUGAAUAUCAGAAAUUCUUUGUAAAAGGGUUCCAAAAAUUUGAACAAAAAAGAAAAUGAGAAACAAUGUUAUCAUGUAGGUUAAGAAUUAAUUUAUUUUUCUUCAAUUUUAAUGAGUUGUAUUUUAUUAUAUAUUAUUAUAAUUCAGUAAUUCUUGUUUAGAAAAUAAUUUACUUUUUAAAUAAGUUAUUUAUAUGGAAGCAAAAGUUUUAAUUUCACAUCUAUCCUGUACGUUUUUUUUCUGCUUUUAAAUUCAUUAAUAAUAACAUAAAAAGUAAAAAGUGA